AUGUCGAAAAGUCUCUGGGAAGAGUUGGGACCAAUCUGGCCGGCCGGCUUCUGGGAUGACUGGUUUCGGGAGCCGGAUAUUCGCAAAAAUCGCUCAUGCAUUCGGCCGGAGAUCAGUCGCACUGCUAUGACACUUUUCGGGAAGAAGGGCGCUUCAGAAGGGCUAUUCUUCACGAAACAUCUUGUCAAAAUAACAUUGAACAAAGACCCAGUCGAGUUCACGAAAACGAAUCUAGACUAUUUGAAGAAAUCUGCGUAUGAUUCGAUCUUUCAAAAAACGGUUUACGAGGAGACACAAGUGAUCAACAUUGACGAUGUCUUUCGGAUACCGAAAAGUGGAUCCGUUCGAGUCUACUACAGCGCAAAUAUGGAUUAUAUCAAAAAGGCGGAUAAAUUGCAGAUCAUGCAUGAUUACAAGGCUGGCGUGCCUCGUACCGCUUACCAGGGUGUGGUCACCUCUUAUUUGGAUGGUCUCCGCGUUUUUCUCGUCCCGAACACAACUCUCGUUCAUGGCUAUGACAAGAAAUGGGAGGUCCCGCCGGGAAUGGAG